UAUUUAUGCAAUUUAUGAAGAGGUGUUUAAUGCGUGGAAUGAGGAUGAAUCGUUAGAGUGUACGCAUCCCGACGAUGUUAAUUGUGAAAAAAUGUAUUAUAUGGCUAUGGAGAAAAGACGUUAUCAUAGAAAAACCCGUGCAGUUCAACAAUAUGAAGAUGUAGAUGAAUAUGUUGAUAAUAUGUAUUUGACAUCUUAA